UGUGCGCGGUGCAGAUCUGGUUGUACUGGCCCGGAUGGUGCUGGUCCGGAGCCGCGUGGUGCAUAUGAGACAUGUGUCCUCACAGACGGACUGAAGCAACAUGACAGCAGCAGCUGAUGAGAACAUGCCAGUGGAUGUGGGAGAAGGAGCACAAAGUGACGAAGAGGCCAAACUGCAGAUAUUAAAAGGGGCGGCCUUUCUGACCACGGUGGCGUCUGCAGGGAUGCUGGCGGGAUUUGGCUCCACGCUGGCGCUCGCCAAGAAGAAGAGCCCCGGCUGGUUUAGUAAGGUACAGCUCGCCCCCCCACGUAAUAAUUCAGCACAUCAAAGAGACGCAAAUUGUCCAAAAAGAGACAGAAAUAGACUCAAAGAGACACAAAUCGUCCAAAAAGAGACAAAAAUAGACUCAAAGAGACACAAAUCGUCCACUCGUCUUUGUCGUCUACGCCGAAACCUUCGAGAGACCGUUUAUAAAAGGGGAAAUCAGAUGAAACGGCGAAGGGCACGCAAGGCUGAGAGCGGCGCCCGGGCCUGGCGCUGCUGCAGCCAUUGGCGCGCACUCAAGGCCGGGCUGCUCAGCCUCACCGUCUGGAAAGUCCUCGGCGUUCACAGCUUGUCAGAGUUCAGACAGAAGAUGCAGUCUAUCUUCCCGUCCGUCCCCAAAACCUCCGAGGCUGCAGCUGGAUCCCAACAUCUGGACUGGGACUCUGUCUUCAGCUCUAAAUGACCCCCAACAUCUGGACUGGGACUCUGUCUUCAGCUCUAAAUGACCCCCAACAUCUGGACUGGGGACUCAGCUCUAAAUGACCCCCAACAUCUGGACUGGGGACUCUGUCUUCAGCUCUAAAUGACCCCCAACAUCUGGACUGGGGACUCCGCUCAGCUCUAAAUGACCCCCAACAUCUGGACUGGGGACUCUGUCUUCAGCUCUAAAUGACCCCCAACAUCUGGACUGGGGACUCCGCUCUAAAUGAUCUGCAAAGUUGAGACGCUGCGGGACAAAGAACAGCUGGGAUCACAGCUGUAAAGAUGAAUGGAUGAGUUGUCAACUGUUAAAAUACUCUCCUAACUAUUCUGAUAAUCCAUUCAUCAGUUGGAGUCAUUUCUUUAUGAUAAAAACAGGUAAACGUGUGUGAUGUCAGCGUGUUAAAGGUGAAUAUUUUCUAGUUUCUUCUCUCCCCUGGGACAGGAAACUGAAUAUCUGACAUUUUUCGCGCUUUUUAUUUUAGACAUUUGUUAAUUUUGUCGACAUUUUUGAUGGAAGUUUGUAAAAUUUCUUUCGCCUUCUUUUGACAUUUCUUUUUACACUUUUUCCAACAUUUUUGUUGCUUUGUUUUUAAACAUUUUUGACAAAUAAAAAAAAAAAGUAACAUCUUUUGUUGAAUUUUUUUCGUCAAAUUUUUGGUACACUUAUUCCAAACUUUUUGACGAAUAAAAAAACAAAGAAUUGUUGACAUUUUUGGUGAUUUUUUUCAAAGUUCUUUUUGACAUUUUUACCUCAUUUUUUUACUUUUAACGUUCAAGCUAGUUUUCUCGGAAAACUAAAAUCCAUCAUAUGUGAAUAUUGUUCUAGUGUCUUCUCUCCUCUGGAACAGUAAACUGAAGAUCUUUGAGUUGUGGACAGAACAAGACAUUUGAGGACAUCAUCCUGGGCUUUUUUGGGAAACACUGAUCCACAUUUUUAGAGACCCAACAACUCAUCCAUUCAUCCAGCAAGUAACCGGUAGCUGCAGCGCUCGAGUCUCCAAGUCAAAGCGAUUUCUUCGACAGAGACGCUGAAACUAAUGUGCAGAUUUGGCAGAGACUCCUGCUCGUGUUGUGUAUAUUUGUAAAAGUGUGUUUGAUUCUCUGAAUAUGAUCUUGUGAUUUGACUUUUA